AUGAGGCUUCAAGGCGUUACAGACACAUUGGGCAACCUCAGCCUAUCAAACCCCCAUCGCGUACUCAUUGUCGGGUGCGCAUACGGUGGCGUUUCCGCUGCCAUCAACCUCCUCGACUAUUCACAAGGAAAGGCCCGACAGAGUGUCUACCCAGGUCCAGAUUUUCAAGGUGCUCGAAGUAGAAGAGGGGUGGAAAUUACUGUCAUCGAUGAGCGCGAUGGUUAUUUCCACUCGGUUGGCGCACCGCUUGCCCAUGUCACGCCGAAGUACACAAACCAUAUGUGGAAGAGGUUUAGCCACUUGAACGAGCUAAAGCACCCAAACUUGCACUUCAAGCAUGGAAGUGUGAAGAACAUCAACCCUGAAGCCAAGGUUGCAGAGUGGUGCGACCGCAAUGGCAAGACCCAACAACAAGCGUAUGACUAUCUUGUCAUGGCCACCGGUCUGAAGAGACACUUCCCUGCUGUGCCAAAGUCUGGAAGCUUCGAAGAGUACCAAAGAGACAGUAAGACAUUCAUCGAAAAGAUUACUGGUGGCGACCCAUCGAAGUGUGAAGGGAGGAGAGUGGUAGUCAUCGGCGCUGGUGCUGUCGGUGUUGAAUUUGCUGCUGAGAUCAAGCAAUAUUACCCACAGAUUGAUGUCACACUAGUACACUCACGAAGCGAGGUUCUUUCCUCGGAACCAUUACCAGCAGAUGUUAAAGAACGAGCAAAAAUCCUGCUAGAGGAAGAGGGUGUCAAAUUGGCUUUGGGUAGCCGGGCAACCAUCACGGACCUCCCCAAUGGUCAAUUCAUUGUCACACUCGCGAACAAGGACACAAUAACAGCAGACUUCGUCAUUGACUCAACGAAGAAGGGCACACCAACCACCGAUGUCCUACCUACAGAAUGCCUGAACGAUGACAAGGAGAUCAUGGUACACCAAUCCCUGAUGUUCAAGGACACUAUCGCAAACUCGUCGUCUCACUUCGGCGUCGGCGACGUAAUCGCAUGGUCAGGCAUCAAGCGCGCAGGCAGCGCAACGGUCAUGGGCCAGGCGGCUGCACAAAACAUUUACUCCGACAUUCUCAAUUCUGAGCUUGCUCCCUCAUCCGAGCAAUAUAUCAAGAUAGAACUACCAGCAUGGGACGCCGUCAUCGGUCUAGCGGUUGGUAAGCAAUGUCUGACCUACGACCCGAAGAAUGGCAUUAAGUACGGUGUUGAGGUCAUGAAGGGGUACUUUGGUGAGGACCUAGGCUGGUCGGCGAACUUGAAGUACCUAGGUCUCACAGAUGUUGUGGAGAGAGCAGACAGCCCGAUGGAGGAGGUAGAGGCCACGAAGAUGGCUGAAGUAGGCAUCAAGCCAGACACAAGUUUGGAUCUGGAGAUUGCAGACGUCGACAUGGUUCACAUUUCCCAGAUCAAAGAAAGCAACGUCCAAAUCGACGAAGAAUCGGCACCCCGUGUCGCAGUGUUCGUUGGCGGAACAUCAGGCAUAGGAAAACUUACGCUCAAUGCAUUAGCUAGACUGGGAACACACUUCAAGGCGUACGUCAUUGGGAGGCAAGAGAGUGAGGCAGCGUUCAAACCGUUUAUCGAGGAAUUGCACCUGGCGAAUGCGAAUGCAAGUAUCAUAUGGGUAGAAGGGCAUAUCUCGUUGCUAUCCGAAGUAAAGCGAACUUGCGAUUACAUCAAGGAACUCGAGACCAGUAUCGACCUCCUCUUCAUGACCGCAGGAUAUGUGGCGUUCAACGGAAGACAGAAUACGUCCGAAGGCUUAGAGAUCAGCCACGCACUGGAGUUCUACUCGCGAAUCUGCUUCGCGCAGAACCUGCUUCCUGUACUACGCUCUUCAGAUCACGCACGCGUAAUGAGUGUACGUUCAGGUGGAAUGGAGGGUGAUUUCUUCUUCAAUGCAGACGAUCUGUUACUCGAAGCCCCAGGCGCGUUUGGAGCCAUGGCUUCGGUAAGACAUAUGGGCAACAUGAAUACACUCGCACUGGAACGCAUCGCGGAGAUGCCAGAGAACAAGAACAUCGUUUUCAUGCAUUGUCACCCGGGUAGCGUGCGGACGGGAAAUCUGUUCCGCGGGUUCCAGGAAGGGUCUUGGGGUUCAUGGCUGGCUGCAGUUUUCAUGGAUCCAGUUAUAUGGCUUAUGGCGUAUACGGAAGAGGAAGCCGCAGAGAGGUACCUGUAUCAGAUUACCAGUGCGGCUUUUGGAGGAAAGGGUGUGCCGUUGGGUGCAGAUGUUGUUGAGGGGAAGAACACAAAGGGAGAGAGGGACGGGAGUCUGUUUCUGGUGCAUCAUACUUGUGAAACGACGCUGAAUGAGAAGAAAUUGAAGAAAUUGAGGGUCAGCGCACAAGACAAGGUUUGGGUCAAAACACAGGAAAUUAUUGGACCAUAUGUUUAG